AUGGCGCUCGACUAUCUGCUAUCGUCCUCUUCUGCAGCGGAGGGCAAGGCUGAGGCGGAAAUGCAGACUGCGCAAGAGACGAGCAUCGAGCAUGAGCCUGCUCCUCUCGCCGAGGAGGCGCCAGCUCCUGAUCGCGAGCAGGAGCCUCGCCUGCCGCCCGAGCUGCUCCUCGAGCUAGCGCCGCACCUCUCCGCUCGGGACCUUCUCGCGCUGGCGCUGGCUUCACGAUCUUGUUAUGCGCUGCUGCAGGCACACCUCAAGUGGUACACCACCAAGCUGCCCGGCUCUCUGCCCAAGUCCGAGCAAGCGCCACUCGUACGUCGCGUCGUGUACGAAGCGCCACCCAAUGUCGAGGGCGACACCUCGGAGCUCCGCAGCUUCAUCGGCCGCGCCUCUCGCCUCGCCUCUCUGACAUGGCGCGGGAGCGGCCUGCCGGACAGCCUGUGGCAGCUCAUCUGGCGCGACUGCCCGCAUCUGCACGACGUCGAAGUCGUCGACGUCAGCGGUGAGGUGCACGGCAGCGUGUGCAAGAUCUUCGAUGCGCCCUACUUGACGCGUCUGAUCUACUACACGACCUCACUGCCCUCGACUGCAAUCACGGCAUUGCCGCCCUCGGCGCUCGAUCAGAGCCUCGCGCGGCAGCAGGGCCUGACCGAGCUGCGACUCGGCAGCUUCAGCCCUUCGGGCGGCGGCGGUGCAGUGGCUUAUGCCGGCUGGCUCUUGAGCGAGGCCACAUGGCCGCACCUGCGCAUCCUCGAGCUGGCGCAUCAUCACGCUGGAGACGAAGAAGCGGUCGCACGCUUCAUGGACAGGCACCCAGGCCUGGAGAUCCUCUCGCUGCCUUCCGUCGAAGACGCGAGCGGCCGAGCCAUCUACCUCGACAACAUCGCAGACGAUGCGCUGCCCAAGCUGAGACACUUUGUGGGCAGCGCAGAGGCCGCAGUGCACAUCCUCCGAGGCCAGCGCGACAAGUUGCGAAGCAUCGGCGGCAUUGGCUUCGAUGCCAUGCUCUUCGGCCUCGGCAUUCCUCAGAACUGGGUCGCCACGCCCCAGGGCCGCUGCAUCUUGGAGGGCCUGAGCCAGGCGAGCGGACUCAUCGAGCUCGAGGGCAGCUUUGCCCUAGGCGUUCGGCCAACCGACGUCCGCGUGCUCUUCGCCAACGCACCGAAGCUGCAGCGCGUCAAGCUGGACUGCAGGCCGAGCGGCAGCCUGGACGCAUGGCUGCCCAUCUUCGCCCUCAUUCCGUCUCUCACCUCGCUCUCCUUCCCUCUGCACAUGCUCUCUAUGCCAAGCCGCGGCCCGCAGAACGGCUCCAUGACCCUUCGCAGCUCGCCAUCGCCGCCUUUCAUCGAGUCACUGCGCCAGCGCGUUCUCAAGCUCUCGACCAUCCUGCCGAACCUCGAGACGGUCGAGUUCGACGGCUCGGGCACGACGCCAGUCGCGCGCGUCAAGCGCUACGCCGGCACGACGGAAGUCGAAGAGGUCACGCUGCUGCGCGGCGAGCAGCCGUGGAUCCGGAGCGCCGAUGCGAAUGUCUGGCGCAGCAGGGUAUGCGUUGCGCUGAGCUAG